GUGUCAGGUGUCAGCCUACUGAGCCUCUAUUCCUUGAGUUUGAUUUGAAAAAGCCUAUUUUUAUAAUUUAUAGCUAUUCAACGAAGAUAAGAGUAAUUGCGAUUUGACGACACUUGAGAGAACUGAGCUUGACCUGAACUGACCAGACGUCAGAGUCUGCAGACAUGGCCUUCCGGGACGAUCACACGGAAGUCACCCCUCCCUACUCCAGGGUCUUCGUCGUCUGCGGCAAACUGAAUGAGGACGACCUCAGACCUCUGUUUGAAAAGCACGGCGAACUCGAAGACCUUUACAUACCCAGAGAUCGAAACACCGGAAACGGUAAAGGCGUAGCCUAUGUAAAAUACUUCAAAACCUCGAGUGCCGCCGCCGCCAUUGAAGAGCUCCAUCUUAAAAAAGUUGACAAGCACUCUAAACCGCUGAAAGUCAUGGUUGCUAAUCAAAAACAUGACACUGACAUAGUCAGCGAGGAUAAAUACAAGCGCCUGUUCAUCAAAGUACCGAGGCAAGCAUCAGAGAGCGACGUAAAAGACCACUUCUCCGAGUUUGGCUGUGUGGAAUUCGUUAAGAUGCCCAAGGACAGAUCGACUAAAGAAAGCAAAGGUUUCGCGUAUGUACAGUACAAGACGUUCCUUGAAGCUGCGAAGGGGUAUGAAGGGUGCGAUCGCAAGUACAGACCAAUGUUCGCAACACCUAAAGAAGAGCUGCAACGUAGUAGAAGCGGUCAAGGCCAAGACAAUUCGAUGGGUGGAUGGCCGGUUAUGCAACCCGAAAAUUUGUUCUAUCCUCAACCGGUUUACCCCCAAAAUUCUGUGAGCUCCAUGAUAAAUACCCCACCUGACGGCUACGUCUCGAUUAAUGUAACUUGCAGCCCUCAAGUCCCUCAGCAACCUCUCGAGCAGCUCUUCAACAUAGUACCAGGAAUGCAAGAGUUCGAGUUCUCCGUCGACCCUUAUAACGGCUAUUCAAAAGCGUUAGUCACAUAUGCCAACGCGUCCGCGGCAGCAUAUGCCGUCGAAAAAAUCAACAACUAUCAUUUCCCUUCAGGGGAAAUUCUUACUGUGAAACCGGAGAAUCAGUUAAAGAGAGUGGCCAACGACUUGACUAAUAUGGUCGACGUUUUUAAGAAGUCUCUAGACGGGGGUGGUCCGAGCCCCAACCUCAUGGAGCUAGCUGAAGCCAUAGCUCAAGCGUCGUCGUUGAUUAAACAAGCGACUUCCAUACAAGUUGAGACUGGGCAGCACAUUGAUACCCGUGUUGAUCGUCCUCAGCUUGAUGAUUUUUGGAGCUCUCUGCCACCAUCGCAGCCGAUGCUCGAUCGUGACGCUAGGGUCGCAAAGCGUUGCUUCAUAGUAUUCCAUCCUCACCCGCCUGCGCCCGCUUACUUAAGAGAUAUCUUCUGCCGCUUCGGAGAUCUGAUAGACGUGUCGACAAUAUCUAAUAAAACCUAUGGCUAUGCGAAGUACGGGUCCAAGAGAGCCGCCGAUAAUGCGAUGGCGUGUCUCCAUGGAACGACUGUGAACGGGAUCAGAAUGAAGGUUCUGGAAGCGGAGGAGAAACCGCCGAGAGAUGACGAUGAUGAAAUGGACGGAAGACGGAAGAGAUCUCGGAGGGACGAUGACUAAACACAAUUUUUAAAGGCACAGUGGUUUAAUGAGUAUAGAUUACCGGAGCAUAGAGACAACUAAACAAUAAAGUGAUGAAGGGUCAGUUGCACCAACCACAUUUAACAGACAACAGUGAGCUGAAAAAUAUACCAUACAAUAUAAUUUAACAGACUGUUUGUGCAACCGACCUUUACGCGGUUAUCACAUUUAAUGGUGAUUUGCACGUCGCUCCAGUGUAUGCGUGUCAGAUGUCCCGGAGUGGCGUGUGAAUCGGCAUCCAACUUUAUGACCGCCUUACUCAAUACUCAAUGACAAUCAGAGUGUUUACUUUUGUAGAGACAAAACCAAUGUUCCGACGAGGCCAUAAACGUAACAUAAAGCUGUCAUAGAUGGUGGAGGUCCCCAUACCGACGAAAAAUAUACGAGUGAAAGAAAGACAGUGAAACUAGACGUAGACGUAAAGGUAGUAUUGUUUUUUAGAGAAGAACGCAACCUUGUCGAGUUUUUAUUGUUUUUUCGUCGCUGUUUUACUUUCAGGAAUAACGAUUUUAUACUCAAUGUAAUGCAUACGUUAUUUUUUCAUUAAAACACAAUUCUUUCUUAAUCCAUUUUUCUCGUAAUACAAAAUAAUACCUAAAUUUAGGUAAUGCAAGUUAUUAAAUUGUUUUUCCCAUCGAAUAUCCUUGUUUCGUUUAUCAAACAAAAUAAAUAGUUAUUUUAUUAUUAUUUUUUAUUUGCAUGUAAUUGUGUUUUAAUGUAGUUUAAUAGUAGAUAUAAGGCCUUUAAUAUUAGUUUUAAUAUUAUAAUAAGUACAUAUGUAGUGGCUAAAAU